CAUGAGCCCUGUGAAUCCUAUGCCGUCAGUGCUGAGAGGGUUAACAUUUAAAAUAACUGAAGCAACUGCAGCUUCCACUGCCUGAGUUGUGUCUGUUAUUAGUGACCCUUGAAGCAAACAUCUGAUAAUGGGAGGGGUGAAUAGUUGGUGGCACACAAAUCAUAUCUCUCAUAUUCAGCAGAGUCAGAGGUUAUCUGCUGUGAAUCCUGUAGUUCCAGCAAAGGGAAUGAAAUAGCUGAUGGGUAGUGAAUUGAGACUGCUCAGAAGGCCUCGCUGUGAUUGCAGACACAGGUUAGAGUACAUGCGGGGGAGAUUCUUGUGUUUGCAGCUCUGGCUGGGGAAGCUGAUGUCACAGUCUGUGCUGAAGGGAGAGUCCUAAACCCACUAGGAGUGGCCCUGGCAUUCAAACGUAAUCCUUGGGUGACACAUGAUUCCCUGUAGUUAAAUAUGGUGCAAUGUGACGUGCUUGGACACACCAUGAGCUGAACUGUUCCUUCCCUACUUCCUCAGUGUGACUCUAAUAGAAAGGUAGAUUGUAUAAUAGCAGUGUAAGAGGGAAGGGGCAGUGCUGGAUAGAAGGAUCAGAAGCUGACAGUUAGGAGCAGUAAUGGCAAUGCGCUGGCUGCUUCCUUUCCUGCUGCUUCUUCUACAGACAUCAUCUCUGCUCUGCACUGAACAGGGGAGUCUGGGACCUAAGGAAAAGGGGAAAGGAGAGACAGACGGACUGGCAGACACAUGGCUCACUGGUGGUGCCCAGCAGAUGCAGGAGCUGACACUUCUUUCUUUGGAAUAUGCCCGUGACUUACAGUGCUGGCUGUGGCCUGAGAAAUGUGAUGAGGAAACCCAUCCAGCCUGGGCCUGGCCUACUGGUAAAUGGGAUCCCAUGCAGGUCCUGUCAGACUGGUACAAGAGAGUCGCUGAACACAUGGAUCUGUACGACAGCAGAGUCACUAACAAUCUGACAGGUUUACAGUGGGAUCUUGGCAGGAGACUGCACGGACAGCAUGUGGCAGAAGAUCUGAUCUUAACCUACCUAGAGAGGUUCCUGCAAGACGGAGAACCCCAAAAGCCACUGGCUCUUUCCUUUCAUGGAUGGACUGGUACAGGCAAGAAUCUAGCUGCCCGGAUCAUAGCAGAGAACCUGUAUGAGGAUGGGCAGCGGAGUAGGUGUAUCCGUGUGUUCAUUCCUCAGCUCCACUUCCCACAUCUCUCCCACAUAGAGGCAUACAAGGUUCAGCUGGAAAACCAGAUCAGAGAAGUCUCUUCACGCUGCCCUCAGCCCCUGUUUGUGUUUGAUGAAGCUGACAAAAUCCCAAAGGGUCUCCUUUCCUCCAUACUUCCCUUUCUCAGCCCAGUAAAACCAUCACAGAGUCAAAGCAUCUUUAUAUUCCUCAGUAUAGGGAGCAAUGCAAUUAAUGAACUGGCAUUGAAUUUCUGGGCUGCAGGGAGGCAGCGCAAGGAGAUUACAGCUGAUGAUCUGGAACGUCCCCUGAGAACGGCAAUAAAGGAGAACCAAGGUGACAUUCCUCUGACACAGCAGCUCAUGGAGGAGGGUCUCAUUGAUGGCAUGGUGCCCUUCCUACCCCUGGAACGAGCUCACGUGAAGCUGUGCGCGAGGGACUCCUUUGUUGCUCGAGGGCUGCCGUACACAGAGAAGGAGCUGGAAAUGGUUGCACAGCAGCUACUGUUUGUACCCAAGGAGCAUGAACUUUUCUCAGCCCAGGGUUGUAAGUUAGUGGCACAGAGAAUCAGUUUCAUGGAACGCUGAUACAUUAGAAUGGAACCACAACUUUAGUACUGUACAAAGAGACUUCCACUGGGCAUUCAUGAGAGACCAGCACACCCUGCCAUAGCGCAGAAAUAUGAAGGACUGGGGUUUUUCCUUUACACCAUCUGAAAUACUUAUGUUUGUGAGAACCCCCACCUGCUGGGACUAUGUGCACUACAACUGGUUCUUCCGACUGUUACAUUGAUAACUACCUAAAACCUCGCUUUUUAAAAUAUUUAUUGAUUUUAUGAAAACAUUUCUAUGAAAAUUAAAGUAUUAUUUUACAUA